CUCCGGGGUUUUUGGGGUGCAGGAAGGAGGAGCCCCUCCCCGCUGCCCCCUCAGACCCGAACUGAAAUGCGAUCGGCACUUUCGGUUCCUCAUUCCCUCAUUUCCUGGCUCGUGAUUUCUGCCCCCGGCGCCCCAAAUCCCGGCGUGCCGGCACCGGGAGCGCUCCGGAUCCGACCCCGGACCCCCUCCCGGCCCCUCCCUGGUGCUGGAGCAGCUCCUGGAGACCGGAUUUGUCAGCGAGGGGUCAAUCCCGGCUCCGAGCCCUCGGCUCCUGCUCUGGAUCCCGGGAUGGAGCCGCUGGCUCCUGCCACCCUGCUGGCCCUGCUGCUGCUGGCCCUGGGACACCCCGACCCCGCGCUGGACCGGCACUGGCAGCUCUGGAAAAAAUCCUACGGGAAGGAAUAUCACCCCCAGGAGGAGUUUCUCCGUCGCCUGACGUGGGAGAAGAACCUGUGGCUGGUGACCCUGCACAACCUGGAGCACUCCCUGGGGCUGCGCUCCUACACGCUGGGCAUGAACCACCUGGGGGACAUGACCAGCGAGGAGGUGGCGGCCUCGCUGACGGGGCUCCAGCUGCAUCCCCGUCCCCGCCGGAAUUCCGCGCCCCCGGCCGCGCUCCGGCCGCUGGGCGCCGUCCCCGCGGCGCUGGACUGGCGGGACAAGGGCUGCGUGACCGAGGUGAAGAACCAGGGCGCCUGCGGAUCCUGCUGGGCCUUCAGCGCCGUGGGAGCGCUGGAAGCGCAGGUGAAGCUGAAAACCGGGAAUUUGGUGUCGCUGAGCGCCCAGAACCUGGUGGAUUGCUCCGGGAUGUACGGGAACAAGGGCUGUGCCGGGGGGUUCAUGACGGGGGCGUUCCAGUACAUCAUCGACAACGGCGGCAUCGAGUCCGACGAGUCCUAUCCCUACACGGCCCAGAACGGGACGUGCCACUACAACGCCUCCGCCCGCGCCGCCUCCUGCUCCCGGUUCCUGGAGCUGCCCGCGGGCGACGAGGCCGCGCUCAGGGACGCCGUGGCCACCGUGGGCCCCGUGGCCGUGGCCAUCGACGCCACCCGGCCCAGCUUCUUCCUGUACCGCUCCGGGGUGUUUGACGACCCCCAGUGCUCGCAGGAGGUGAACCACGGCGUGCUGGUGGUGGGAUACGGCUCCCUGGACAACAAGGAGUAUUGGCUGGUGAAGAACAGCUGGGGCGUGCACUUCGGAGACGCGGGCUACAUCCGCAUGGCCCGCAACGCCUCCAACCUCUGCGGCAUCGCCAGCUACGCCUCCUACCCGCUCAUCUAGCCAGAGCCGCCUCCCAGAGCUCCGGAUUUCCGUGGAUCCCGUCCCAGCAGGGAGCCCUGCGCCUCCAGGCGUCGUCUGGUGGUUGGGUCCGUGGGCUGGGAGGGGAUCCUGGGUGUGGGAGUGGGAAUGGUGUUGGUGGGAAUCCAGGAAUGGUUUUGUGGCGGGGGGAAAUUGGGGGUAAAAUGGUGAUUCCUGCAGGAAUCGGGUGCAGGGAUCACAGAGAUCAGGUACAGGGAUCAUUGGAAUUGGGAUUGGGUACCAGGAUCAUUGGGAUCACUGGGAUAAGAUACAAUGAUCACUGGGAUCAUUGUGAUUGGGUACCAGGACCAUUGGGAUCAAGUAUCAGGAUCACAGGGAUCAUUGGGAUCACUGGGAUCAGGUACAAUGGUCACUGGGAUCAUUGGGAUUGGGUACCAGGAUCACAGGGAUCAUUGGGCUCACAGGGAUAAUUGGGAUUGGGUAUCAGGAUCACAGGGAUAAUUGGGAUUUGGUGCCAGGAUCACAGUGAUCAUUUGGAUCAUGUACUGGGAUCACAGGGAUCAUUGGGAUCAGGUACUGGGAUCACUGGGAUCAUUGGGAUCAGGUACCAGGAUCACAAGGAUCAUUGGGAUCGGGUACCAGGAUCACAGGGAUCAUUGGGAUUGGGUGCUGGGAUCAUUGGGGUCAUUUGGAUCACGUAUCAGGAUCACAGGGAUCGUGGAUUCCUCCCUCCGGAGCUGCUGGAGUUGCAGAUAUUCACGGAAAAUAAAAGAUUGCAUUUUGCUGCCUCAAAA